AUGCUCAGCCUCCUCUCAUGCGUGGCGCCUCUGUCCUGGCACAUACAGCCGGCCGCUCCGUCGCACGUCCGGCUGGCCGCCAGCCUGUGCGUCGACGAGUUCACCGCGUUGCCGCUGCCGCUGCUGCCCGUACCCGGCUGGAAGCGCCAGGCGAGGGAGAGGGCGAUCGACGAGUGGGCGGCGUCGAGGCGGGCGCUCCUCGCGAGCGGCGAGCCGCAUGCCCUCAUUGUCGGCCUCCGCGACGCGGCCGAGGCUGGCCGCUUCUUUGAGGGCCCGAUGUACCCUUAUAUUGCCAACGUCGCCGUCAGGGUUGGCGCGCGGCGGCUCGGCCUUGGCCGGGCGCUGGUGGAGGAGGCGGAGCGCACGGCGGUGGAGCUGGGCUUUGACCGGCUGUACAUCAAGGUCGACCGGCAAAACUUUGGCGCGCGGCGGCUGUACGACCGGCUUGGCUAUGAGAUUUGCUACCUGCAGAACCGGCCGCCGGACCGGACAAACAAGCAGCGGCAGAUGCUCUUCUUGAGAAAGGCGGUCGGGGCGGGGGCGGCAGGGGCGGGAGAGAGCGCGCGGGAGGCGGCUCGUACGUAG